CCUGCCGUGGCCCGCUAAAGGAGGAUUACCUACUGCUUUACGAUCGCGCUGAAUCUACAAUCGCAUGCGAUAAAAUCUUCGUUGAUCUGCGAAAUAUGCACGUGACUCCCAUGAGUGCAGUCUGUUGUUGCGAAUGAUGCGUGAUUUUAAACCAUGUGUAUUUUACUAGUGUAACGCGACGAUAUGACGCGUUUGGAGCAUUGGUUGACGUAUCUGCUCCUUCUGGGGGUUCCGUGGCUCCUGGUCGUCUCCGGAGUGAUAUCGUCUUCAGCUUCGGAGAAAUACUCGGCUUUCAUCGUAUUCCUGCCCGUAGUAUUUCUCUUCGCUUUCGCCAGCUACGUAAUUGGACUCUUCGUGAUGAAAGUGCUACGCUUCAAUGACUGUCCGGAAGCCGCUGCAGAGCUUCGAUCGGAGAUUAAACGAGCUCGUGCCGAUCUCGCCUCGCGGGGUAUGUUCAAAGAACCGCGUGUUCCAGCGAGUCGAAAGCGGGCUUACCAACAUUUCCAAGUGUCUUCGGAGACUCAGAAACUCGUUCUUCCUUCUGGCGAAAGUACUCUGCAUAGGUAUCGUGGUGCCGGGGCUCAGUAUGCUCAAGCAGUGGCUCGUCGGCGAGAGCCCGACGGGAUUUCUAAAGUUGAAGCGUACCUUGGAGUCCGCGUGAGCAAUGGAAAUGGAAACUCCCAAAGCUGCUCUCAAGUGUCCAAGAGCUCCUUGCUCGCUGCCAUCGUGAGUUACUACAUUAUUUUUGAGUUGUGA